AUGUUUUUUGGAAGGAACAAACUGGAACUGUGCAUGUGGGGCUUGCUGCUGUGCAUCCUGCUGAUGGGCAGCGUGGGUGCCUGCCCUGCACUGUGUACCUGCAGCGGCACCACAGUAGACUGCCACGGGCUGGGGCUCAGGACCAUGCCGAGGAAUAUCCCACGCAAUACCGAGAGGCUGGAGCUGAACGGUAACAAUCUCACACGCAUCACCAAGACUGACUUCGCUGGUCUCAAAUACAUCCGAGUUCUGCAGCUGAUGGAGAAUCAGAUUACUGUGAUUGAGCGUGGCGCUUUUGAUGACAUGAAGGAGCUCGAAAGACUGCGCCUGAAUCGUAAUCAACUGCAGCAGCUUCCAGAGUUGCUCUUUCAGAAGAAUCCUGGCCUAUCUCGACUAGAUUUGAGCGAGAACCUCAUCCAGUCCAUCCCAAGGAAAGCUUUCAGAGGAGCUACAGACAUCAAAAACCUUCAGCUGGAUAAAAACCACAUCGCCUGCAUCGAGGACGGAGCAUUCAGAGCUUUGCGUGGCUUGGAAGUGCUAACCUUGAACAACAACAACAUCAGCAGCAUCCCAGUUUCCAGCUUCAACCACAUGCCCAAACUGCGAACCUUCCGUCUCCACUCCAACAAUCUCAACUGUGACUGUCAUCUAGCCUGGUUGGCCCAGUGGCUCCGGCAGCGGCCUACCAUUGGUCUGUUCACUCAGUGCACAGCACCGCCUGAGCUCAAAGGUCUUAAUGUGGCGGAGGUUCAGAAACACGAAUUCAGUUGCUCGGGUCACCAGGAUUCAUCCAGUUCACAACCAUGCAACAUAGGUGGUGGUUCCUGUCCUGCCAUGUGUACCUGCAGUAACAACAUCGUGGACUGCAGAGGGAAAGGUCUGACUGACAUCCCAGCCAAUCUGCCGGACAGCAUGGCUGAAAUACGUCUGGAGCAGAACGGGAUAAAGACAGUUCCUCCAGGAGCCUUCUCUCCCUACAAGAAGUUGCGCAGGAUUGACCUGAGCAACAACCAGAUUUCGGAGAUCGCCCCGGAUGCCUUUCAGGGGUUGCGCUCCCUCAACUCGCUUGUGCUAUAUGGAAAUAAGAUCACCGACCUGCCCAAGGGUGUCUUUGAUGGCCUCUAUGCCCUGCAACUACUUUUGCUGAACGCCAACAAGAUUCACUGCGUCCGUGCCAACACCUUUCAGGACCUGCAGAACCUCUCGCUCCUGUCGCUGUACGACAACAAGAUUCAAACUCUGGCCAAGGGCACUUUUACAUCAUUGCGAGCCAUACAGACCCUUCAUCUGGCCCAAAAUCCGUUCAUUUGCGACUGUAACUUGAAGUGGCUGGCAGACUACCUGCGCUCCAACCCUAUCGAGACCAGCGGCGCCCGCUGCGCCAGCCCCCGUCGGCUGGCCAACAAACGCAUUGGGCAGAUCAAGAGCAAGAAAUUCCGCUGUUCGGCCAAGGAGCAGUACUUCAUCCCAGGUGCCGAGGACGCCCGGCUGAAUAACGCCUGCAACAGCGAUCCGGUGUGUCCUCCCAAGUGCCGAUGUGAGUCCAACGUGGUAGACUGCUCCAACCUGAAGCUCACUAAGAUCCCGGAGCAAAUUCCUUCAUCCACCACUGAACUGCGCCUCAACAACAAUGACAUCACCACUUUGGAGGCCACCGGAGUGUUCAAGAGCCUAACGCAGCUGAAGAAAAUCAAUCUCAGCAACAACAAGAUCACAGAGGUCGAGGAUGGUGCCUUUGAGGGCGCCUCAUCCGUCAAUGAGCUUCACCUCACAGCCAAUCAAAUUGACACGGUCAGGAGUGAGAUGUUCCGUGGCCUGGAGGGGCUGCGAAUGCUAAUGCUGAGGAACAACAAGAUCAGCUGUAUUCACAAUGACAGCUUUACCGGCCUUCACAACGUGCGUCUUCUGUCGCUCUACGACAACCAGUUGACCACUAUCACCCCUGGAGCGUUUGAUACUCUGCAGACUCUCUCCACCCUAAACCUUCUGGCCAACUCCUUCAACUGUGACUGUCGGUUGUCCUGGCUGGGAGACUGGCUGAGGAGCAGGAAGAUCGUUACGGGCAAUCCUCGCUGCCAGCGUCCAGCCUUCCUCAAGGAGAUCCCCUUGCAGGAUGUGGCAUUGCCUGAUUUCCGCUGUGAAGAAGGCCACGAGGAGUCAAGCUGCGUGCCCAGACCUCAGUGCCCCAGCGAGUGUACUUGCCUGGAGACAGUGGUUCGCUGCAGUAACAAACACCUGCACACACUGCCCAAAGGAAUCCCCAGAAAUGUGACGGAACUGUAUCUGGAUGGUAACCAGUUCAGCGUGCUACCAAAAGAACUUUCAUCUUUUAAAUUCCUUCAGCUGGUGGAUUUGAGUAACAACAAGAUCAACUCUCUGACCAACUCGUCGUUUGCCAACAUGAGCCAGCUCACCACGUUAAUCCUAAGCUAUAAUUCCUUGCGGUGCAUACCCAAAUUGGCCUUCAGUGGACUGCAUUCACUCCGGCUACUGUCUCUCCAUGGCAACGAAAUCUCUGAGCUACCUGAUGGCAUCUUUGGUGACGUGGCCUCGCUUUCUCACUUGGCAAUUGGCGCCAACCCGCUGCACUGCGACUGCCGGCUACGCUGGUUGUCUGACUGGGUCAAAACCGGAUACAAAGAGCCCGGUAUUGCCCGAUGUGCUGGUCCACGUGGUCUGGAGGGAAAAUUGCUUCUAACCACACCGGCAAAGAAGUUUGAAUGCACAAGUGAGGUGGACACAGCGGUGCUGGCCAAGUGUAACCCAUGUGUAUCCAGCCCAUGUCAGAACCAGGGUGUGUGUCGUACUGACCCGGUGGAUAUCUACAGGUGCAGCUGUGCUCCAGGAUUCAAGGGCAAGAACUGUGAGACAGCUCUGAAUGCCUGCGUUAGCAACCCUUGCGCCAAUGGAGGGCGAUGCCAGGUGAAUGAUGAAGAGGAAGGACAAUACAGCUGCACAUGCCCGCUGGGUUUCGAAGGUCCCUCCUGCCAGACCAACAUCGACGACUGCGAAGAUAACGACUGUGAGAACGGUGCUACCUGUGUGGAUGGCGUCAAUAAUUACACUUGUUUUUGUCCCCCCUACUACACAGGGGAGAUGUGCGAGGAAAUGGAAGAUGUGUGCGCCCCAGGACGAAGCCCCUGCAAACAUCAGUCUACCUGCCUCAUCACCUCCUCUGGGCCCAAGUGCAUGUGCGCUUCCGGUUAUGUGGGCGAUGACUGCAGUGUGGACUAUGAUGACUGCCAGGAUCAUCGCUGUCAGAACGGAGCCCAGUGUGUGGAUGAGCUGAAUGGGUACAUGUGCCAGUGUGAGGAAGGUUAUAGUGGUCAGUUGUGUGAGGUUCCUCCUUCACUGCUGUCCCUUUGCGAGCUUGCUGACUGUCAGAAUGGUGCCCCCUGUGUGGAAAGGGGAGGCCGCGCUCUCUGCCAGUGUCCCCCGGAGUUUGGCGGGCCACGCUGCGAGAAGCUUGUCAGCGUAAACUUUGUGGACCGAGACUCUUACCUACUGCUCUCCGACCUCAAGAACUGGCCGCAAGCCAACAUCACCCUGCAGGUGUCCACGGCUGAGGACAACGGUAUCCUCCUGUACAACGGAGACAAUGAUCACAUUGCCGUGGAGCUAUACCAAGGUCACGUAAAGGUCAGCUACGACCCAGGCAGCCAGCCCGGCCACGCUAUCUACAGUGCUGAGACCAUCAACGACGGUCAGUUCCACACAGUGGAAUUGGUCACGUUGGACCAGAUGGUGAACCUGUCUAUUGACGGGGGUCUCCCCACCACUAUGGACAGCUUCGGAGCGGUGCGGCCCCUCAACGGAGAGGCUCCACUAUACGUGGGGGGUAGGGGCCCUCUCCAGAACACACCUCCCUCCUCUUCAGGGAUGCCCGUGGGCAUGCACCCAGGCGCCUUCCGUCUGUGGCAGAUCCAGAACAGCUCAAGCUUCCACGGCUGCAUCCAGAACCUGUACAUCAAUAACGAGCUGCAAGACUUCACCAAGACCCAGAUGAAGCCUGGUGUGGUGCCGGGUUGCGAGCCGUGCAAGAAGAUCUACUGCGUACACGGCAUCUGCCAGCCUGACGGUCUACAGGGGCCCGUGUGCCACUGCCAGCCUGGCUGGGCCGGACCGCAGUGCGACCAGCUCGCCACUAACCCCUGUCAGGGCAGCAAGUGCGUCCACGGUCGGUGCAUCCCACUGGACGGUCAGUCGUAUCGCUGCGAGUGUAUCGAAGGCUACCGCGGUGCGCUGUGCAACCAGCAGGGAGAGCUUUUCAACCCCUGCCGCCGGCUGUCCUGCAAGCACGGCCGCUGCCAGAUCUCAGACACUGGAGAUGCCUACUGCCACUGUGAGAAUGGCUACACCGGCGAACUCUGUGACACAGAGUCGGCAUGCCGGGGCGAGCCCAUGCGGGAUUUCUACCAAGUGCAACGGGGCUACGCCAUCUGCCAGACGACGCGCACUGUGUCCUGGGUGGAGUGCACCGGCGCGUGCGAGGAGGGCGCCUGCUGCGCCAGCCAGCGGAUGAAGCGCCGGAAAUAUACGUUCGAGUGUAGCGACGGCACCAGCUUCACUGAGGAAGUGGAGAAGAGCAUCAAGUGCGGCUGCGUGGCCUGUGCCGUCUAG